AUGAUUACGCUAUCUAUUCUUUGGUGUUCGCUUUUUCAAUUUAUUGCUUUCAGCCGUACACUCGGUCCACCAAAACUAGAUCCAGAAAAUGGUGGAGAAGUAUGGUUUCAAGUGAAUUCGACCGGUAUCGCACGUGGUAAAUUUAUUCUUCCGUGCUAUGCCACUGGUAAUCCAGAAACAUAUGAGUGGUUUAAGGAUGGAGAAAAACUAAAAGUUGAUGGUGAUAGGAUUGCGUGGGAAAAACAAUUCCAAAGCGGUACCAUAAUAAUCAAUGACGCUCGAGAUGGAGAUCAAGGUUAUUAUCAGUGUCACGCCUCCAAUAUUUUUGGGAUUGCUGUUUCCAAUAAAUUUCACGUGCAAAUUGGAGUUCUUGAUCAUUUUGUGCCCCGAGGUGUGCGUCGAUUGAUAGUAGACGAAGGACAAAGCUUAAGUAUUCGAUGUGAUAUUCCGUAUGGGGUGCCAAAACCAUCUGUUUUUUGGCUUUAUCGCGAUACACAACGAACAAAUAUGAUCGAAACUAUUCGAUACAAACAUAUUGCUGUCGAUACCGAAGGUACCCUUCAUUUCACAGCGGUUAAAAAACAUGACGGGCGGCAAAAUUUAAUUUACCAAUGCGCAGUGACUUCUCCUGUACUGCGUGGGGAAUAUCGUGCAGGCAACGAAUUCCAACUUAUUGUCAAUCCUGCUAAAAAAAACAAUGGAACGGCUAUACAUAAGCUGUGGUUUAGUCCAGAAAAAGUAUCUGUCAAAGUAGGAACCAAACUCAAACUGAUGUGCAUCUUCGGUGGAAGGCCACUACCGAACAUAACGUGGAGUAAAUUAAAUGAUGAUUUGCCGCUUGCUCGCUUAAAAGAUUUUAAAUCACAAGAAGCUGACUACGGUAAAGCUCUGAUCAUCGAAAAUGUUCGUUCAGAAGAUGCGGGGAUAUAUGAAUGUCGAUCACAGCAUCUAUUUCAUCAGAUGCAUGUUACUACCAAUGCAGCUCCAUUUUGGAUAGAUAAACCACCGGAAGACAUUGACGAACCGGAAGGAAGUAGCGCUGAAAUCCAUUGCACAAUAUCGGGCAUCCCAACACCCAUCAUUCAGUGGUUCAUCAAUGGUGUACCUUUACAUGAGUUGGCAGACAAUGAUCGACGUAUGAUUUUAAAUAGUGGUCAGAUAUUACGAAUCGUAAACUUGGAUCAUGAUGUUGAUACAGCCGUAUAUCAGUGCAAUGCAUCGAAUCCGUUUGGAUACGUUUUUGGAAAUGCUUUCGUGAAUGUGCGCGCUUAUGCUCCAUAUUUCAAAAUGCCAAGUCACCGUAUCUGGAAUGUGGUGCGUAAAUCAACCGUAGAGAUGUCGUGCGAUGUUGAAGCAGCACCGAAAGCAGUGGUCAAAUGGGUAGACACUAAUGAUCAUUCCAUUGCUGUUGUUCUCGAAAAAAUCAAUAUUUUCCCCAAUCACACAUUGCGCAUAUCGCAAGUAAAUUCGGCUGAUGAAGGCCUUUACUAUUGCAAUGUAUCGAACAAGUAUGGUAUCAAUCGAGCUGUUAAUCAACUACAAGUUUUCAAUCCAACACAUUUUAUUCGUGUACCAAGUCCAAAGAAGUCAAUAUUGGAAGCGCAUGAGUCAGUGGAAUAUGUGUGUGAAGCAGUUUGUGAUCCACGGCUUACGAUUGAAUAUUCUUGGACCCAUAAUGGAAUACCAAUUAAUGAUUCUGUCCACUUCAAGCUAUUAAACAAUUCUCUGUUAAUCGUUAAUGCUCGUGGCUUUCAUUCAGGAACCAUUGAUUGUAUUGUUCUUACCGAUGUUGACGUCAAGAUUUCAGGAAUUGAAUUAACUGUGCUUGAUGUGCCUGCUGCUCCAAUAAUAACAGGAAUAAACUGCAACGAGCGAAGAGCGAUGUUAAGGUGGCGUCGACCAGAUGACCACGGUGACCAAAUCAAACAGUUUCUCAUUCAAAUGCAUACUGAAUUUGAAGAAGGAUUGUGGCAAACUGUUGUGGAGGAAGAAAAUACUGCUGCCGAUUUUUAUCAGGCUGAUAUUGCACUUUCACCGUGGGUAAAUUAUACAUUUCGUAUAAUAGCUCGGAAUUCACGUGGUGAAAGUGAACCCGGCUUCAAAGAAGGCAUAGUGUGUUCCACGAAAGCUUACUAUCCAUUUACAAAUCCAAAGGAUGUCCGAGCCGAAGGCAGUGAACCAAACAAUAUGAUUAUCGAAUGGAAGCCUAUGGAUAAAUAUGAUUGGAACGGACCAGGAUUACAGUACAUCGUCCGUUAUAAGUUUAAUAAACCAGGGGAAGCUUGGACAGAAAUACGAAUUGAAGAUCCUUUAGCCAAUUAUACAGUUAUUCGCGAACAGCCAACAUUCAGAGAAUAUUUGAUUCAAGUUGAAUCUCUGAAUAGUUUUGGUCGCGCAGUUGUGAAACCAACGAGUGUUAAAGGAUAUUCAGGAGAAGACACACCACUGUUGUCGCCGAUUGAUUUCAGCGUGUCUGAAUUCAUAAAUUGUACUGCUGUUCUUCUUAUAUGGAAACACGUGGAUCGAGACAGUGUGCGUGGUCAUUUCAAAGGUUAUCUGAUUGACUAUUGGGAAAAUGAGAAGCCAUUUGCUAUAAUGAAUGCUGGAGCUGAAAAACAUAAGAAUGAGACGAUUCUUUAUGAUCUAAAGCCUAUGACAAACUAUACGGCACGUAUUAGAACAGCGAAUAGUCGAUACCUAAGUGAAUCUCCAUCAAUAAUCAAAUUUACAACUCCUGAAGGAAUUCCAUCCAAGGUACACAAUAUGAGAGUACGAGCAGUUGGAGCAAGAAGCUUGUAUGUUACAUGGGAACCACCGCGACAACCAAAUGGAUACGUCCGCGGCUAUUUCAUUACUUUUGAAAAUUCCUCGACAGGCGUAAAAGAAGAAACAUUUGUACUAAAUCGACAACUUUAUUAUUUAAAUGAAGAAGGUGAGCCAGACACUGGCUAUAGGGUUUCUGUUUGGGCAGAAACGAAAGGUGGUGAAGGACCAAAAGUUGUUCGCCCAGUACGAACUUGGCCACUUCGAGAACCGGAUGUACCAAAUUUCACCGUCGAAGCAAUUUCGCCUACAACGGCUCGAGUUCAAUGGUUGCCUUCGAAUGGUUCCGAAUGGGCUAUGCCAGGGCCUAUUUUUCUUGUCAAUUAUUCUAUUGCCAACAGCAAUAAUUGGAUAGAAAGUGAACAAAUAAGUUUGCCUCGAACUGAAGUAUGGUUAAGCGAUCUAGAAGAAGACACACGAUAUAAAAUGAUUGGUAUCGCUAAGGAAGGUCAAAGGCAGCGAGCAUCCGAAAUAAUUACCAUGCGAAGCCUAAGUCGAGCUACGAUUACACACAUUUCUCAUGAAAGCUUGCAAAGUGCAGCCUGGUUCAUCGCAGUAGUGAGUGCAAUAAUGUUUGCAUUAUUCACUGCAUCAGUAAUGUGUUGCUGCGAACGGCAACGAGAUAGUAAAUAUUCCGUUAAACAGAAAGAAUUGGAACAAGGCCAUCAUAUCGAUAUCGAAGAGGACCAGAAUUUUAUGGAAUACCUGUAUGGAUUCAAAUGA